AUGAUUGAAUCUGAUUCACAAUUAUCAACUAGCAAUAUUAUGAAACCAAUAAUGGAACAAAUCGAUGCAUCAAAUAAGCAAUUACUUAAACAUCCUGUACAAUUUACAUAUGAAGAUUUACGUACACGUCUUGAACCAAUUAUUCACAAAAUGAUCGAUUCUGAAUAUU